UUGGUCUUUAACGAAAGACUGUCAACAAUGGAGGAAGCCAACACUAGACAGGUUUCCGUGGAAGGAUACGACACAAAAUGCAUUUUUUGCAAGAUUGUCAACAACGAAAUGGGCACGGAACUUCUCCACUGUGAUGAAGAGAUGUCAUGUUUUCGAGACAUCAAACCUGGAGCUCCGCACCAUUACCUGGUGGUUCCUACUAAACAUGUUGGCAACUGCAAAUCACUCAGCAAAGAACAUCUGCCUUUAGUAAGACGCAUGGUGGAGUUAGGAAAGGAGACCCUGCAGAAGAACAAUGUGACAGAUCUCAGUGACGUCAGAUUUGGUUUCCAUUGGCCCCCAUUCUGUUCAGUCACACAUCUACACCUUCAUGUUCUGGCACCUGUAAGCCAGAUGGGCUUCAUAUCUCGCCAAAUCUACAGACUAAAUUCCUAUUGGUUUAUUACAGCUGACCAACUGAUAGAGCUUCUCAAUUCCAAACAGGAAACCAACUGAUUACGUAUGUUGGGUUCAAUUUUGCAUCAACAGUUUGAGGUGACUCAGAGAUCUGUGGUUCCAUUCCAAAUGUCACGUUUGAUCCUGCAGAUGAUUUUAAUGGUAACAAAUAAUCAUAGAUUACUUUUGUAAAUAUUUCCAUAUCCACCAACAAGCACUAUAACAUCUGAUGUUGGAAUUAACUUUGAAACAGGUAUGAAAAUGUUGAUAUUCGAUGAAAGUACUGUUGUACUGAAGGAAAGAUGCUUGAAUCAAUGACACUUUAUCAUGACUUGCAGGAACAUACAAGGACUACCUCAGCUAUGUCGCAUCAUUACUGCUGGGGUAUUUAGUAACGUUGGAAACAAGAGUUGCAGCGUCAAGUAGCAUCUGCAUGAACUAUUAAUAAGUCUUCUUUUAAGUGAUAACACGAAAGUAAUCCUGACACUGGAAAUUAAGUAUGCCAAAGGAUCCAUGCAAGUAUUCGUCUAGCUUGGUAAUAUAUCUGGAUGUGACAUUUGAUUAUACUGACAAAGUGAUUGGUUGUGUCGUGUUAAUGGAAUGUAAAGACAGGGAUAAUACAGUCAUCUCUCGCCACAUCGCGCGUCAAACAUUGUAGCUUCACCACAUCGCUCAUUUUUAUUUUAAAGCAUACACUUUUGUCCUAAAUUAAGCAAUUUAAAGCAUAAAAUCGUUACAGUAGUAUUGGCCACAAGAGGAGACCAAACCAAGCUGUUCAGUAAUGUGGCCACUAAUUGGCUCACCCCCAGGCAGCAAUACACUAUUGGAUUAAAAUAGUGUAAAGUGGGUAUAGAGGGCUCUCAUAAUGUUGAAAAAUGUAUUUGGAAGUUAUUUAGAACUGUUUUUAUGAUUUAUCUAUGAACAUCUUUGAUUCAUAUGAAUGAUUCCUAUUUUGCGGAACUUCGUUGUAAUGGCAGUAAUGUCCGGAACGGAACCAUUUAUCACCGAUAAACGAGAGACGACUGUACUCUCCAAUCUGUGUCAAUGUAUGCACUUUAAGAAACAUUAAUAUAAGGUUUCUUCUUUGUGAUUAAAUAUUAAACCCACUCUUUCUAUUGGUCAUUACUUAAUUGCCUGCGCUCACAAUCAUGAAAAAAACACAGCAUAAAUGUGCUUUGCUUUAUUUAUUCAGUUAUAUUGUGGAUGUGUAUCUAUCAAACCCCUAGUGCAGAUAUUGUGUUGUUAUAAAGCAUCUUUAAACAUUUGUUUUUUAAGUAAGUUGUAUGAAGUCUAUCCUACAGCACCAUUUUUGCAACUUUAUAUAAAAUGUUUACUCAUCCACAUCAUUGCCAAAACAUUAGGAACACAUGCAUGGCAAAUAAGAAUUGGCUCUUCACUGCUUCUACAAUAUAUAAAGCAGGGUUGGUGUCGUCUAAUGCAGUGGUCCCCAACCUUUUUUGCACCACAGACCGGUUUAAUGUAGGCAUUAUUUUCAGGGACCGGCUUUCCACUUGUGCCAGAUAAAUACAGCAAAAAUAAGUGCAUGAAAAAUACAACUCACUUUAACGCUGAAUUAGUGGAAGCCCCGGGCUUGUUUCUUUGCAAAGAGAUGCAGAUGGAAAUCAGCCUUUGGCUACAAUCUGUCACAUUUAUAUGUUAUAUGUUCAUUAAUGUGCAUUGUAUCAUGUCACAAAGCUAUACAAAUUAUAACAAAUGGCAACUUACUAUGAGGAGUGUUAUUGUACAUCUAUAAACAAACGUAUUGGUAUGUCUAGUGCAGGGGUCGGCAACCCAAAAUGUUGAAAGAGCCAUAUUGGACCAAAAAUACAAAAACAAAUCUGUCUGGAGCCGCAAAAAAUUAAAAGCCAUAUUACAUGUGUCAUGAGAUAUAAAUGUAAUUAAGAUGACUUAAAGGA